UGUUUUUAUUAAUUAUAAUAAAGAGAAAAUGUGCCUUUUGAAACGGUUUGGGUGAAUAGGCAAUGGCCUUAACCCUCCACUCCUGGCUCCCACCCUCAUCUUCAUUAUUUAUUUUUUCUUCUCUCUGCCCUUCCAUUGUGGUUGUGCUCUUUCUCUUUUUCUCUCUUGGCAAGAAACAAGAAAAGCAAGCCAUGUUGGAAGAAUCAAUGUCGACUGCUGGACCGUCCAUCUGGGCUUCCAUAUUCAGCUGGUUUACUCCAACUGUUUUCUUUGUAUUCCUCAAUCUUACAAUUGGUACCAUUUAUCUUACUUCCAGCUUGGCUUCCAACAAGCCUGGUGUUGGGGAAGGGCAGAGACAGGAAGGAGAAGAAACCCCAAAACUUGUUAGACAUCCCUCUGUGUUACAGAGGCUGAAAUCUAUCAACUUGUCUCCUUAUAGAUCCCAGGAACCUGUUAGCACUACUGUCACUGCCUAUGAGAGAAUCCCAGAUGUGGAUGAUGCUCAUUUCUCUUUUCAACAACAAACCCCUGAGCAAGACCAGAGGCAGCAACAGCCUUCCAUCUUUAGAUCUCCUUCCGUUUUGCAAAGGCUUAAGUCUGUUAACCUCUAUAGUUACUUGUCUCCAGAGCGGACCACCGUUCACAAAAACCAAGAAAUUUACACCCAUUACACUCCAGCGCAAGCCCGUGAGGAAGAAGAAGAACAACAAAAGCAAGAAUCUGAAGAAGAACAAGAAAACCAAGGAGGGCUGAAGGAAGAAGUAAUAGAAGAGGAAGAGGAGAGAAUCCAAGGUCAAGAGCGAACCCUUGAUGAAAUAUUCAGUCAGCUGAAGGAUGGUCAUGUUAGGAGGACCAAAUCCGACACCAAACCAUCAUCUGGGGAGAUACCAACUAAGCUGCCAAAGAAUAUGAGGAAAUCAGCUAGCGUUAAAUCGGCCUUUUCACAUUUUGAGGAAGAGGACAUCGUGGAAACUCGUCGGCCAGCUACUGUGAGGGAAGGCAAGGCUAAAGCCACAGAGGAGGAUGAGGAGGUGGACGCCAAAGCUGAUGAUUUUAUCAACAAGUUUAAGCAGCAGCUGAAGUUGCAGAGGAUUGAUUCCAUCCUUAGGUACAAGGAGACAGUGAAUAGAGGGAGUGGACGGUGAGGUAAAUUUCAAAUUUUUCUUAGGGGAAGGUUAGGUUGCCAUCCCUUUCUUGUUUUUUUCUUUUUGGUUAAUUUCGGGGGUUUAAUUAUUGGGGUGUAAUGUACGUGUAGAUCUACUGCUAGUAUUGUUUACGUCUGUUGAGCCUUCAGUUCAAAAUAUGGAACUUUCAUUUCAUUUCUGGUUU